AUGAAACAGGAAGUGAAACCUCUCAACAGGAUCUACACUGAGCUCUACAUCACAGAGGGACAGAGUGAAGAGGUUAAUACCCAACAUGAGGUGAAGCAGCUUGAGAGAGCUUCUAAGAUGAAGACCCUCCAUGAAACUCCAAUCAAGUGUCAGCACAUCUUUAAAGCCUUACCUGAGCAACAGAAACACAUCAGAGUGGUUCUGACCAACGGCGUCGCUGGCAUUGGAAAAACCUUCACAGUGCAGAAGUUCACUCUGGACUGGGCCGAGGGUUUGGAAAACCAAGAUGUCAGUGUGGUGAUUCUGCUUUCGUUCAGGGAGCUGAACUUGAUCAGAGAUGAGAAGUUGAGUCUUCUCACUCUGCUCCGUGUUUUCCAUCCAACAUUACAGAAGGUCACAGCAGAGGAGCUCGCUGUCUGUAAAGUUCUGUUCAUCUUUGAUGGCCUGGAUGAAAGCAGACUGUCUCUGGAUUUCCACAACAAUGAGGUUGUGACUGAUGUCACACAGAAGUCAUCAGUCAACGUGCUGUUGACAAACCUCAUCAAGGGGAAGCUGCUUCCCUCGGCUCUGGUCUGGAUAACUUCCCGACCUGCAGCAGCCAAUCAGAUCCCUCCUGCUUGUGUUGCCAGGGUAACAGAAGUACGAGGCUUCACUGACGCCCAGAAGGAGGAGUACUUCAGGAGGAGAGUCAGUGAUGAAGAGCGGUCCAGCAGAAUCAUCUCACACAUGAAGACAUCCAGGAGCCUCCACAUCAUGUGUCUAAUCCCAGUCUUCUGCUGGAUCACUGCUACAGUUCUGGAUCACAUGUUGACUACAGAGCAGAGAGGAGAGCUGCCCAAGACCCUGACUGACCUGUACUCACACUUCCUGCUGGUUCAGACAAAGAGGAAGAAGCACAAGUAUGAUGAGGGACAUGAGACCAGUCCACAGGAGCUGACGGAGGCUGACAGGGACGUUCUUCUGAAGCUGGGGAGGCUGGCGUUUGAACAUCUGGAGAAAGGAAACAUCAUGUUCUACCAAGAAGACCUGGAGCGCUGUGGUCUUGAUGUCACAGAGGCCUCGGUGUACUCAGGAGUUUGUACAGAGAUCUUCAAAAGAGAGUGUGUGAUCUUCCAGAAAACAGUCUACUGCUUCGUUCAUCUGAGCGUUCAGGAGUUUCUGGCUGCAGUCUACCUGUUCCACUGUUUCACCAACAGGAACACAAAGGUACUGGAGGACUUCCUGGGGACAGACAAGGAUAAUUACAGAUCCCUGGAUGUCUUCUUACAGAGAGCCAUGAAGAAAUCCCUUCAAAGUAAAAAUGGUCACCUGGAUCUGUUUGUCCGCUUCCUUCAUGGCCUCUCUCUGGAGUCCAACCAGAGACUGUUAGGAGGCCUUUUGGGUCGGACAGACAACAGUCCAGAAAUCAUCCAGAGAGCCAUCAACAACCUGAAGAAGAUGAACACAAACAAGAUCUCUCCUGACAGAAGCAUCAACAUCUUCCACUGUCUGCUGGAGAUGAACGACCUCUCAGUACAUCAGGAGAUCCAAGAGUUCCUGAAGUCAGAGAACAGAUCAAAGAAAGAACUCUCAGAGAUCCACUGCUCAGCUCUGGCCUACAUGCUGCAGAUGUCAGAGGAGGUUCUGGAUGAGUUGGACCUGAAGAAAUACAACACAUCACACGCAGGACGACGGAGACUGAUUCCAGCUGUGAGGAACUGCAGAAAGGCUCGAUUUACUUGGUGUGGACUCUCAGAGACUCACUGUGAAGUCGUGGCCUCAGCUCUGAAGUCCAACCCCUCCCAUCUGAGAGAGCUGGACCUGAGUGGAAACAACCUGAAGGAUUCAGGAGUGAAGCAGCUGUGUGCUGGACUGGAGAGUCCAAACUGUAGACUGGAGACUCUGAGACUGUGGUGGUGCGGUUUGUCAGAGAUCAGCUGUGUUUAUCUGGCCUCAGCUCUGAAGUCCAACCCCUCCCAUCUGAGAGAGCUGGACCUGAGUCAAAACAAGCUGCAGGAUUCAGAUGUGAAGCUGCUGUGUGAGCUGAAGGAGAGUCCACACUGUGAACUGGAGACUCUGAGGAAGUGAAGCUGGAUUACAGCUGACAGCAUCACAACAUGUAUAGAGACAGCUGUCCUCCUUCAUCAAACUGUCACACCAUCAAAUCUGACCUUGAUAACAGGGGACCUGUUAUGCUUUCCUGUGUGUGUGUGUGUGUGUGUGUGUGUGUGUGUGUGUGUGUGUGUGUGUGUGUGUUUUAUAUAGUCUAUAGUGUUACAAUGAAGGAUGUUGGUAUUAAAUGUGGCCAAAGUUUCAGAUAAUGAGGUAAAUGUAUGUAAAAGUAAUCCCUGUGAACAAAAACCUCAGACUUCAGACUGUUGUGAAUACCCUGUGUUCAACGGCUUUUUCUACUGAAGCUAAGAUUUCUUUAUAAGGCAUACAACUAUGAGGUGGUAAUUCUAGUUUGAACAUUAAAGCAUGUAAACAGGUUCUAGUAGAAACCCAGAAUCCAAAUAUGAAGCUGUUAAUGAGCAUAAUAUGUCCUCUUUAAAGUGUUUGUUGUCUUCAUCUUUGUCACAGCUCUGAGAUCAGUCUGACUGAAGCCUACAAAUCACUGGCUCUUAUUUUAUAGAACCAUCAUUACAUUUAGUAACCAUGUGUUCUUUAUACAGAGCAGAAGCUCUGCUGAAGUCCAGUAAUCACAGCUGAUGUGUUGCUGUUCAGUCUUUGGAUGAACAUGUAGAACAUUUAACAUGAUAUAUCUGUCCAUCAGUCAUUUGUUCUAACAGACUCAGUAAAUCCAUCAUUAAAGUGAAUCCCUCUGUUUGUGCAGCCAUGAUGCGUUCAGGACUCUCAGCAGUUUAUUUACACUGUGUACUUGAGUGAAAUCUGCAGAGUAAACAGACUUGAUGCCCAAAGUCUCUGCAGGUCUGUGAGCUUCCAGCUCAGUGUGUUCACUGCAACACGUUAACAUGAGAGCUGGAAGGAAGCCGACUACGCUACACAGCCGCUCCACUCUGCUCUGAACAGGAAGUCCCUACUGGUCUUUAUACUGGAUGUGCUGCAUCACUGACUGACAGCUGCUUUAUAACUUCU